UACCCACCAGGUAAGAACACACACACACCCAACCUCUACCAAACGGGUAGUCCAGGGUACCCACCAGGUAAGAACACACACACACCCAACCUCUACCAAACGGGUAGUCCAGGGUACCCACCGGGUAAGAACACACACACACCCAACCUCUACCAAACGGGUAGUCCAGGGUACCCACCGGGUAAGAACACACACACACCCAACCUCUACCAAACGGGUAGUCCAGGGUACCCACCGGGUAAGAACACACACACACACAAUUUCGACCGGAACAGGUAGUCCAGCCUAAAACUGAGUUUUUUGGAGGAAAAACACAGAUUUUAUAGGGCUCCCCUUAGUUGUUUAUUAACCAUUAUUUUACCAGGUAUAUUGACAGAAAACCGUGCACGACUUUCUCUUGUACACUAAGGACCCGGGGGAGAGAAGAAUGUGCCUAUUUGAAAGUUAUAAUUUUUUUUGUAGCUCAGCAACAUUUUAAAAAGUAGCUCUCUUGCAAGGAAAUGUUGGAAACCCAGUUAUAGAGUAGUCAGCUGCCCCCUGCUGGUUCUAGCAGAGUACUACACAUAUAGUAGGACACAAAGGUAACAGUAGGGUUGAAUGGCAGGAAACCACUCCCUUUUCCCGGGAUAAAUAACUGUGAGAAACCGGUAAAUUAUAAUAAAUGAUAUCAACAGCAUGGUGCGAAAUGGAACUGUUAAAUUAUAUGUGAUGUCUAAAUCUGGCUUCUCUAUGGCCUUCUCUCUGAUCUCUGCAUGAUCAAUCAUUAACGCUCAUGGUGGGGACAGACAGCCCAUCUCAGUAUGGAGCGCAGUUCACAAUGCAUGUAGACCUAUCAUCUCAUGGUAACUUUUAUUCUUGUGACAGAUAGGCCUACAUUUGCUACAGCAUAGCCUAUGGUACAGUAAUAUAAGCACCGAAUGCACGUCUAAUUUACCCAUCUCCAUCUGGCUUUCGGGAUCACCUUAUUUUUUGUUAUUGUAAAUAUGUUUUUAUUGCAGCUGCAGAGUUUUAAAACAGCCUCUCACUCAAAUAUUGUUGCUUUGAAUUAGUGUGUGCGAGUCGUUUUUCUCUCCCAUUCAAAUUGCUUUGGAAUGGGGUAUUGUGUGUAGGUUGAUGAGAUAAAAAAAAAAAAAGUAAUCCAUUUUAGAUUAAGGCUGUAACAUAAUGUGGAAAAGGGAAGGGGUCUGAAUACAUUGUAAAUGCACUGUGUGUGUGUGUGUGUGUGUGUGUGUGUGUGUAUAUAUAUAUAUAUAUAUAUAUAUAUAUAUAUACACACACAUACAGUGCAUUCGGAAAGUAUUCAGACCACUUCCCUUUUUCCACAUUAUGUUACAGCCUUAUUCUAAAAUUGAUUACAUUUUUUAAAAAUCUCAUCAACCUACACACAAUACCCCAUUCCAAAGCAAAUGGAUUAAAUAGUUUUUUUUUCCCUCAUCAAUCUACACACAAUACCCCAUAAUGACAAAGCAAAAACACGUUUUUUGAAAUCUUUGCAAAUGAAAAUGUUUAAAAUGAAAUCACAUUUACAUAAGUAUUCAGACCCUUUACACCUUUGGCAUCGACUACAGCCUCAAGUCUUCUUGGGUAUGACGCUACAAGCUUGGCACACCUAUAUUUGGGGAGUUUCUCCCAUCCUUCUCUGCAGAUCCUCUCAAGCUCUGUCAGGUUGGAUGGGGACCAGAUAAUCUUGUUUUUUAUGGUCUGAGAGUCCUUUAGGUGCCUUUUGGCAAACUCCAAGCGGGCUGUCAUGUGCCUUUUACUGAGGAGUGGCUUCCAUCUGGCCACUCUACCAUAAAGGCCUAAUUGGUGGAGUGCUGCAGAUAUGGUUGUCCUUCUGGAAGGUUCUCCCAUCUCCACAGAGGAACUCUGGAACUCUGUCAGAGUGACCAUCGGGCUCUAGGAAGAGUCUUGGUAAUUCCAAACUUCUUCCAUGUAAGAAUGAUGGAGACCACUGUGUUCUUGGGGACCUUCAAUGCUGCAGAAAUGUUUUGGUACCCUUCCCCAGAUCUGUGCCUCGACACAAUCCUGUCUCGGGGGCUCUAUGGACAAUUCCUUCGACCUCAUGGCUUGGUUUUUGCUCUGACAUGCACUGUCAACUGUGGGACCUUAUAUAGACAGGUGUGUGCCUUUCCAAAUCAUGUCCAAUCAGUUGAUUUUACCACAGGUGGACUCCAAGUUGUAGAAUCAUCUCAAGGGUGAUCAAUGGAAACAGGAUGCACCUGAGCUCAAUUUCGAGUCUCAUAGCAAAGGGUCUGAAUACUUAUGUAAAUGUUUUUUUCAAUUUUUUAUUUGUAAUACAUUUGCAAAAAUGUCUAAAAACCUGUUUUCGCUUGGUCAUAAUGGGGUAUUUUGUGUAGAUUGAUGAGCAUACAUUUAGAUCCGUUUUAGAAUAAGGCUGUAACGUAACAACGUGGAGGAAGGGGUCUGAAUACUUUCCAAUGCACUGUAUGUGUUAACAUGACUGUUAAAUGCACUGUAAAUGCAGUUCUUGACUUGGACUGAAAAUGGUGCCGGUACUCAUUUUGGGUGCCGGUACUGUUUAUAUUUAGGUGCAGGAGCGCCACAAUACUGUUGAGCCAAAAUUCUAUAAGAGGAACAGGACCUCAAGCAGUAGAAGAUUUUGAGGUGCCGGCACUCCGCUCCGGUGAACUCCUGUCCAAGUCAAGCACUGUGUAAAUGGCAUGUUAUAGAAGGGUCCAGACAGCUUUUGUGUGAUUUCGCAUGUUUUUGAGAAACUUUCCCCAACCAUAAAAUCACUUCCUCGUUGUGUAACAUGAACAAAGGCUCGAAAACACCCCAAAAUGUUGUUUUAGAAACGGCAAAGCUCUCAGUAUAGUGAUGCAGGUCUUUUGAUAUUGUACACAUGAAAUUGUGCCAUUCAAAAAUGUAUAUUCCAUUUACCUUUUCGUCCAUUCUUCAGGUAACUGCCAAAAUAAACAAAACACUAAAUGAGGGUUGCAAAGUAUAUUGAAAGCAUGGAGUACUUCCACCCAGGAAGUUCCAGACACUUGUACAAUCUAUGCCAACGUGCGUUGAAGCUGUUCUGGCUGCUCGUCGUGGCCCAACGCGGUAUUAAGACACUUUAUGUUGGUGUUUCCUUUAUUUUGGCAGUUACCUGUAGCAGCAGGCUACACAGAGAAUGGAACAGCUGGAAACGGCUUGAGUCACGCAAAAGGGAAGAUAACGUUGCGGAUAAAGUUCGGAAUGACACGAUUUCAUGUCUCGAAAAGGCCAUAUUUUGGGUGUUUUUGGAGCCUCAUCACUACAGUCUCCUAGUGGUAGAGACUCAUCACUACAGUCUCCUAGUGGUAGAGUCUCAUCACUACAGUCUCCACCUAGUGGUAGAGACUCAUCACUACAGUCUCCUCCUAGUGGUAGAGUCUCAUCACUACAGUCUCCUAGUGGUAGAGCCUCAUCACUACAGUCUCCUAGUGGUAGAGCCUCAUCACUACAGUCUCCUCCUAGUGGUAGAGCCUCAUCAGUACAGUCUCCUCCUAGUGGUAGAACCUCAUCACUACAGUCUCCUCCUAGUGGUAGAGUCUCAUCACUACAGUCUCCUCCUAGUGGUAGAGCCUCAUCACUACAGUCUCCUCCUAGUGGUAGAGCCUCAUCACUACAGUCUCCUCCUAGUGGUAGAGCCUCAUCACUACAGUCUCCUCCUAGUGGUAGAGCCUCAUCACUACAGUCUCCUCCUAGUGGUAGAGUCUCCAUACUACAGUCUCCGCCUAGUGGUAGAGCCUCAUCACUACAGUCUCCUAGUGGUAGAGUCUCAUCACUACAGUCUCCUAGUGGUAGAGCCUCAUCACUACAGUCUCCUAGUGGUAGAGCCUCAUCACUACAGUCUCCUCCUAGUCGUAGAGCCUCAUCACUACAGUCUCCUCCUAGUGGUAGAGCCUCAUCACUACAGUCUCCUCCUAGUGGUAGAGCCUCAUCACUACAGUCUCCUCCUAGUGGUAGAGCCUCAUCACUACAGUCUCCUCCUAGUGGUAGAGCCUCAUCACUACAGUCUCCUCCUAGUGGUAGAGCCUCAUCACUACAGUCUCCUCCUAGUGGUAGAGUCUCAUCACUACAGUCUCCUCCUAGUGGUAGAGUCUCAUCACUACAGUCUCCUCCUAGUGGUAGAGACUCAUCACUACAGUCUCCUCCUAGUGGUAGAGACUCAUCACUACAGUCUCCUCCUAGUGGUAGAGUCUCAUCACUACAGUCUCCUCCUAGUGGUAGAGCCUCAUCACUACAGUCUCCUAGUGGUAGAGUCUCAUCACUACAGUCUCCUCCUAGUGGUAGAGCCUCAUCACUACAGUCUCCUCCUAGUGGUAGAGCCUCAUCACUACAGUCUCCUCCUAGUGGUAGAGCCUCAUCACUACAGUCUCCUCCUACCAAUAGGAGACUGUAGUGAUGAGACUCUACCACUAGGAGACUGUAGUGAUGAGGCUCUACCACUAGGAGGAGACUGUAGUGAUGAGGCUCUACCACUAGGAGGAGACUGUAGUGAUGAGUCUCUACCCCUAGGAGGAGACUGUAGUGAUGAGGCUCUACCACUAGGCGGAGACUGUAGUGAUGAGGCUCUACCACUAGGAGGAGACUGUAGUGAUGAGGCUCUACCCCUAGGAGGAGACUGUAGUGAUGAGGCUGUACCACUAGGAGGAGACUGUAGUGAUGAGGCUCUACCACUAGGAGGAGACUGUAGUGAUGAGGCUCUACCACUAGGAGGAGACUGUAGUGAUGAGGCUCUACCACUAGGAGACUGUAGUGAUGAGACUCUACCACUAGGAGACUGUAGUGAUGAGGCUCUACCACUAGGAGGAGACUGUAGUGAUGAGUCUCUACCCCUAGGAGGAGACUGUAGUGAUGAGGCUCUACCACUAGGAGGAGACUGUAGUGAUGAGGCUCUACCACUAGGAGGAGACUGUAGUGAUGAGGCUCUACCACUAGGAGGAGACUGUAGUGAUGAGGCUCUACCACUAGGAGACUGUAGUGAUGAGACUCUACCACUAGGAGACUGUAGUGAUGAGGCUCUACCACUAGGAGGAGACUGUAGUGAUGAGGCUCUACCACUAGGAGGAGACUGUAGUGAUGAGGCUCUACCACUAGGAGGAGACUGUAGUGAUGAGGCUCUACCACUAGGAGGAGACUGUAGUGAUGAGGCUCUACCACUAGGAGGAGACUGUAGUGAUGAGUCUCUACCACUAGGAGGAGACUGUAGUGAUGAGGCUCUACCACUAGGAGGAGACUGUAGUGAUGAGGCUCUACCACUAGGAGGAGACUGUAGUGAUGAGUCUCUACCACUAGGAGGAGACUGUAGUGAUGAGGCUCUACCACUAGGAGAAGACAAUGACUAGUCAUACGCUGACUGGAUGACAAGCUAUGGCAGUGUUCAUUUUGGCAUUCUUUUUUUUUAGAUUUAUUGUAGUCUUAGUCAUUUUGACCAAAAUAUCAAGUCACAUUUUUGUCAUUUGAAUAAUGGUUUAGUCUAGGAUUUGUCAAAAUGACAAAAAGUUGGCAAUUUUUGUCAACUAAAUGUCCUUUCUUUUUAGUAAUCAGAUUUGUAUUGCCUCAUUAACCUAUAGUAAACAUAAAUAACUGACUUCCAUGGGCAUACAUAGCCUUUUCCUACCAACAUAUUUUUCUGCAUUAUAGAAGGAUUAUCUGGCCAUGUAAAUUCCUAAUUCAGCCUACAUAGAUAUUGCACGUUACAUGAGAGAGCGAGAUCACUCCGUGACAACAGUCACUGACUCAAAGAGGGUAGAACACAUUUCAAACAUUGCUUUCUUUCUGUGCCACCCAAUGUUUGCAUGCAGGCUACUGGUAAUGCUAUUGGUAAUGUUCAGUUGAAAAACAUUCUUGAACUUUGCAGAUAGAAAACCAUGAAUAAGAGCCGACGUUAUUUCUUAUUCAACAUGUCAGAGAGGCAUGUUUGUUCUACAUACCAUAUUUCUAUCUGAACGUUCCAAAACAUUGCAUCCUGCUGAACGCAGCCCAGGUUGUUAGCAAUAGCUAGUUAAUGAGGUAACAUGACUGAACAAGGUGUAGCCUAAAUAAAUGGUUAACGGUCCGGUUAUUAAUGUAAAAUGCGGCCCGCCACGAUAGAAAGGAAACAAAUCGUAGCGCCGGUAGACUUAGUAGUCAGAUUUUAGUCAGAGAUAGUUUUGUCAAGUUGAUUUUUUAGUCAAAUGAAAUAGCAAUUAUUUUGGUUUAGCUAUAUUUUUUUUCUGGGUCUGUUUAGUCAGUUAUAUAGUCUCUUCAAUUGCCUCUGAAAAAUAGGUGUUUGACAAAUAUUUGAGUCACCAUUUUUUGGGGGACAAAAUUAAUACUGUGCUAUGAUGGUACUAGAUUAGGACUGAAAGGAAGGAUGUGUUACCCUUAAAUGGUGUCUUGGCUGUUGGACCGAUGUUUCAUAUCUCUCUCUCUCUGUGUGUGUGUGUGUGUGUGUGUGUGUGUGUGUGUGUGUGUGUGUGUGUGUGUGUGUAGGAUACACUACAGCGGGUACUCCAUAUAAAGUGCCCCCCACCCAGAUGAACGGCGCACCCCCGCCCUAUUCCCCCUCCCCCAACCCCUACCAAACAGCCAUGUACCCAAUCAGAAGUGCCUACCCCCAGCAGAGCAUGCAGAACCUGCAGAACUUGUAUGCACAGGUAAGCACACACACCCUUCACACACCCUUCACACACCCUUCACGCACCCUUCACACACCCUUCACACACCCGCACACCCUUCACACACCCUUCACACACCCUUCACACACCCUUCACACACCCUUCACACCACACACCCUUCACACACCCGCACACCCUUCACACACCCCUCACACACCCUUCACACACCCUUCACCCAACCCUUCACACCACCCUUCCACACCCACCACCCUUCACACACCCACACACCCUUCACACACCCCACCACACCCUUCACACACCACCCGCACACCCUUCACACACCCACACCACACACCUUCACACACCCACACACCCUUCACACACCCCACACCCCUUCACACACACCCACACACCUUCACACACCCGCCACACCCUUCACACCCCACACCCUUCACACCACCACCCUCACACACCCUCACACACCCUCAACCACUACCUACCCACCUCCUACCCCCCGCACUUCUACACCACCACCACCCUUCACACACCCCACCACACCCUUCACACCCACCCCCCCCUUCCACACCACCCCACCCUCAACCACCCACCCCUCACCCCACCCUUCACACCCCCACACCCAAACCCUUCACCACCACCCACACACCCUUCACACACCCUUCACACACCCUUCACACACCCGCACCGUACUCUACCAACUCCUACCCUCAGCAGCUUCUACACACACCCUUCACACACCCACACACCCACACACCCUUCACACACCCGCACCGUACUCUACCAACUCCUACCCUCAGCAGCUUCUACACACACCCUUCACACACCCACACACCCUUCACACACCCACACACCCUCACACACCCACACACCCUUCACACACCCACACACCACCCCCGCACCCCACACCCUUCACACACCCACACACCCUUCACACACCCGCACCGUACUCUACCAACUCCUACCCUCAGCAGCUUCUACACACACACACACACACACCUAUAUACAAUCCUAACCUCAGCAUACACACACCGUACUCCCUCAACGUCUACCCUCAGUAGAACCUUUACGUAUCGGUAAGCUCACUCACACCCUAACCUCUGUCUCUGUCUCCCUGUAGGCAGCAUCGUAUUAUGGCCAGCCAGUGUAUGCGGCUCAGCCAUAUGUAAAUCAACAACACUACUCACAUGCACACACACACAUAAACACACACUAAUACAGACCCACUCUAACCUCUGUCUCUCUGUCCCCUGUAGGCAUAUUACACGCAGCCAGUGUAUGCCGCUCAGCCUCAGCCCCAUGUCAUCCACCACACCACGGUGGUUCAGCCAAACAGCAUGCCCUCAGCCCUCUACCCCGCCCCUGUCCAAGCCCCUAGAAACAAUGGAAUGGCUGCCAUGGGGAUGGUUGCCGGGACCACCAUGGCUAUGAGUGCAGGUAGGGCUGAUGACUGAGGAAACUGAUGUAGCUACAGAAUGUGUUGAGUCACGUGAACAAGGAAGAUAUUUUCAUAUUAAAUACCUUUUUUAAUGAUUGAAUUUAAUUUCCUAUGCUAAAUUGAUUAUACUUAAGUUAUGCAAAAAUUAUAAUAUUGCUGUUAUGUGUUUUUGGUGUAAGUGUUAUUAGUUUGGUCGGUGCCAUAUUGACCAUAGUGCUACGGUCAAAACAAUAGUGACAAAAUGACAUCCAACACUGAUGAUGCGUGUGACGUCCUGUAGGAACCCUGCUGACCACACCCCAGCACGCUCAGCUGGGAGCGCACCAACACGUCACCAUGCCACAGUACCGACCCCAGGGCACACCGGGAUACAGCUAUGUCCCUCCCCACUGGUAGACCC